AUGACUAACUUAAUUACAAUGAGUGGAUUUCUUCUCGUGACUUUUUCUGGCAAUCCUGAGAUAGAAAUUUACAGGGUUCUGUUUUUUUUAGUCUUCUACUUGGUGGUUUUAACUGGCAAUAUGCUCAUUAUCACUGCGAUUUCCAUAGAUCGUAGUCUCCACUCACCUAUGUAUUUCCUCCUGAAGCACCUCUCCUUUUUGGAUCUGUGCUACAUUACUGCGAGUAUACCAAGAUCCAUUUGUAAUUCUUUCAUGCACAGUGGCUCUAUUUCCCUCUGGGAGUGCAUCCUGCAGUGUUUUGCACUUACUUUCUCUGGUUGUGCUGAGAUAGCCAUGCUCAUAGUGAUGUCCUAUGACACCUACAUGGCCAUUUGCUUUCCACUGAGCUAUGAAAUCAUCAUGGACACCAGAACCUGUGUUCACGGACUCUUAGCUGCCUGGACCAGUGGGCUUAUGGUCAUUGGAUUUUCCCAUGCCCUGAUGCACUCCAUAAUGAUCUCUAACUUGAACUUCUGUGGUUCUAACCACAUCCAUCACUUCUUCUGUGACGUUAAGCCAUUGUUAGAGUUGGCUUGCAAAAAACCACAGCCAGCUGAGGUGACAACGUUUCUUCUGUCCGUGAUUUUCCUCACUAUUCCAUUUGGACUGAUUCUGACGUCCUAUGCCCGGAUAUUGGUGGCAGUGCUUAGAGUUCCUGCAGGGGCCAGCCGGCGGAAGGCUUUCUCCACGUGCUCCUCUCAUCUGGCGGUGGUGUCCACGUUCUAUGGAACCCUGAUGGUCUUGUACAUUGCACCCUCUGCUGUCCACUCCCAGCUCCUCUCCAAGAUCUUUGCUCUGCUCUACACUGUGGUCACUCCCAUCUUGAAUCCUGUCAUCUACACGCUGAGGAACAGGGACGUCCAUCAGGCACUGUGGAGACUCCUCUAUAUUAAAAAACACCGAGACAUUUGA